AUGCCUCGCAUCAAAGCGCCUCCUAAGUCUGCUGUCCCUUCUCUUGAUGGCGUUACAAUCUCAUUUGCUUCUUACACACCCAAUGCUCAUCCCGAGCUCGGAAACAAGAGUGUUGCUGAAUUGAAGAUUGAUAUUUCGAAUUGCGGCGGCUCUUACACAACAAAGCCGAGCGAUUGCACUCACAUGAUUGCCUCCCAAGCUCAGUUUGACAAGAAAAUUGAUCGAAUCAAGCAACUCGAGAAGAACCCCAAUACCUCUAUCGUCUCUUACGAAUGGCUUGCCGACUCACUAGCGUCAAGCAUUCCUGUCGCUGUCGAUGAUUACCUUCUUGUUGACCCCGAGGAUUCGGCUUCGAAUAGUGUUGAUGCUCUCAAACCCAACCAAAGCCAACCUCCUCAGAGAGCCAGCGGCCCCAAGAAAGCAUCAAAGCGUACCAGACAACAGGACGACGAGGAAGAAGACGACCUCCAGCCACCGAAGAAAUCAAAGCAGUCUGGCCUGACAAAAAAGACCGCAGCCACUGCUGCUACCAAUGCCAAGUCAGCCAUCAAAGUCCCCGUUGAUCAACAGGUCCCCUCAGCUUCAGACUACACAGUGUACAUCGAUGGUGACGGGGUGAUCUAUGACGCCACUCUCAACAAAUCAGAUGCCGGUGCAAACAACAACAAGUUCUACAGAGUGCAAGUAUUGGAAACUAACAACAACUUCAAGACUUGGACCCGGUGGGGUAGAGUGGGUGACAGAGGUCAAAGCAAGUGGUUUGGGGAGGGCGACUGCCUUCACGCCAUUGCACAGUUCAAGGCCAAGUUCAAGGAGAAGAGUGGUAUUGCCUGGGAAGAGCGAGAUGGACCCUCAAAGAAGGGUAAGUACGUCUACCUGGAGGUCAACUACGAAGACUCGGAUACGGAGGACGAGAAGAAGAUGCCAGUACCAGACCAAGAUGACGGCGAGGAAGAAGAGCAAGUCUCCGCUCCAAGCAAACUUGAACCGCCGGUGCAACGAUUGAUGGAACUCAUCUUCAACAUGCAGUACUUCAACGCCACAAUGGCCGAACUUGACUACGACGCCAAUAAGAUGCCGCUGGGAAAACUCAGUAAGAAGACGUUGCUCAAGGGUUACGAAGUUCUGAAGGAGCUGGCCUCUCUCGUCGCCGACCCCACUGUUGCGGCUACCAUGGGGGAGAGCCAAUCCCAGGCUGUUGCAGACCGGAGCAAUCAAUAUUUCUCACUCGUUCCCCACGUCGUUGGUAGACGACAGGUGCCUGUCCUCCGCAAUAUGGAUUCCAUUAAGAGAGAAAUCCGUCUCCUCGAGGCCUUGACAGAUAUGCAACUGGCGAACGAGAUCAUGAAGUCCGCAUCAGUCCAGAAACACAAGAACAUCAAUGUUCUUGAUGCGCGAUAUGAUGGACUAGGUAUGAAAGAGAUGACACCCUUAACCCCGACCGGCUCAGAGUAUAACGAGAUCACCAAUUACUUGACCAAGUCUGUCGGCGGCACCCACAAUAUCCGGUAUACAGUUCAGGACAUUUUCCGUAUCGAACGAAAUGGCGAAUUUGACCGUCUCGACAAAUCAUCCUAUGCGAAACUGGGAGCGAAGAGUGAUCGUCGUCUGCUCUGGCAUGGUUCGCGUGCUUCGAACUUUGGUGGCAUUCUCAGCCAAGGUCUACGCAUUGCACCACCUGAGGCGCCAGUUUCCGGCUACAUGUUUGGCAAAGGCGUUUAUCUUGCUGACAUGAGUUCAAAAAGUGCUGGUUACUGUGUGCCAGGCAUCAGCGGUGGCACAGGGAUCCUGCUUCUCUGUGAAACCGAACUGGGCUCGCCAAUGCUCGAGCUGACUGGCGCCGACUACAACGCUGGUGCGCAUUGCAUAGACCAGGGCCGCAUCUCUACCUGGGGUAAAGGAUCGGUCGCUCCACAAGCCUGGAAAGACGCUGCUUGUAUUCACCCGAGCCUCAAAGGGGUGAAGAUGCCUGACGUCGUCAGCAAGCCUCCAGGGCCGGCCAAUGUCGAUGGUGCCUUUCUCAUGUACAACGAAUACAUCGUGUACGACGUGGCGCAGAUCAAACUUCGCUACCUUCUCCGGGUCAGCAUGAGCUAG